AUUAUUUUUAUAUAGACACAGUAUAUUCCAGAAUUCUAAAUUUUUUCCUUCUAUCUCAAAAUUUAAAUAUUAUGAAUUCUUCCGCCACAUUUUAAAUAGUGACGAAUUAAAUGAGUCAUACUAAUUUACCUACUUCCUCUCAGUAUUACACCGAAAACCUAAGAAAUUUAAUAGAUGAGCGGAGACGUUUUUCCAGCGAGAAUUCUCAAAACUUCCCUUCUCAAUCGCCUCCCCCACUAAUGAGACCCAUACGAGGUUCUGGCGGGCUUAAACAGGCUGUGGGCAAUUUUGACUCUAAUGGCGUACCUUUACUCUCCCCUCUCCAGUACCCUGAGUUGCAACAACAUAAUACGCUAUACAACAAUCAAGCAAUUAAUUCUAACCCUGAAAUGCAGCAGCUGCAAAAGUCGCGAUUUAUUCCCCAAACGAAUUCUCAUCCGGAGUUGCAACAGCAACUUAAUUCGCAAUUCAAUCCCCAAUCGACAAAUUCUCACCCAGAACUGCAACAGCAAAAUUUUCGAUUCAAUCAACAACCAGCGAUUGGCUCUAAUCAGGAGCAGCAACAGCAUAAUUUUCAAUUUAACCAACAACAACCAGUGAAUAGUUUCAUUCCGAAUCAACGCAAUAGCGGCGAUUGGAAUCGCCAGGAGUUAGAGACUAACGCUUUCAUAAAUGGCGCUAGACAGUCGGCCGCUUUCACUUCCGCCCGCAUUAAUCCCAAUCUUAAGCCUGAAUCUGGCUUUAAUCUGAAUAACAGUAAUUCUGGCCUUCCCAGAGACAACAUGUAUAAUACAUUUUUAAAUAAAAUGGAUGAUGGCAAUAACAACCCAGCAGAAGCGAGAAGGCGGGUGCCAUCAUUUGGAAACUCGAGUCAAUCCGCUUUCGGUGAGAGGGACGAGGAUUCCGACCCGGCAAAAUUCAAGGCCGACAACUCCUUCCUGACUAAGCUGUUAAGGAACCAACUGCAAAACCCUAACAAAAAUGUCGAAGUUCUCAGGGCCGACGUUCAUCACCCUCUCCACUCGGUGUACAGUUUCGAAGCUCUUGACCUAUCUCCAGAACUCCUGCGUGGCGUAUACGCCAUGAAUUUUUCGAAACCUUCAAAGAUUCAGGAGAUGGCGCUGCCCUUGAUCCUUUCCGACCCCAAGGUUAACCUCAUAGCUCAGAGCCAAAGUGGAACUGGCAAAACUGCCGCCUACUCCUUAGGAGUUUUGAGUAAACUUAACCUAAAUACUUCAAAUCCGCCUUCCAAUAUAUCCGCCCAAGCCCUCAUACUAGCCCCAACUUACGAAUUGGCCCUUCAGAUAGGCGAGGCGGUUAAGCAAAUAGGUCGCUAUAUGCCGGGACUUAAGGUGGCUUACGCUGUUAAGAAAAAGCGAGCCGAACUUGGAUAUAGUAAUACUAGUAAUCCCUUUGAUAUGAGUAAUACGGCUGGCGGUGAUGGACUAAAUUCUAAUUUCAACAAACACGAUGUGCCCGGUUACACCGAAAAUUUGGACGAUUACGAAAUUGUUUACCCUCGGGGAAAAUUGGUACAGGCCCACGUUGUUGUCGGCACUCCUGGAUCUGUAGUGGAUUGGAUCAGAUUCGGUAUGAUAGAUGCUAAGGCUAUAAGCAUCUUCGUUCUUGACGAGGCCGAUGUUAUGAUAGACCAGCAAGGCCAUAGGGCGGCCAGCGUUAGAAUUCACAAGUACCUCGAUAAGCAGAACUGCCAGUUCCUUCUCUUUUCGGCCACUUACGAGGAGAACGAGGUCAUGAGUUUCGCAUCUGAACUCGUCCCAGAACCUUCUGUGGUACUCAGGCUCAAGCGUGAAGAAGAAACGCUCGAUAACAUUGCUCAAUACUAUGUGCCAUGCUUAGGAUCGGAUGCUGCUUAUUUGAACCCUCGUGAUCGAAUGAAUCGGGAAACGAUUUUUGCCGCGAAGAUGAAUGCUCUUUGCCUUAUAUACUCGUCUUUUCCUGUUGGCCAAUGUGUCGUUUUUUGUGAAAGCAAACGUGAGGCAGUUAUGAUAGCCAGAGCCCUUGUGGAGGACUGUGGCCAUGGCGCUGUAGCACUUUUAACAUCUGAUCUUACCGUCGAUCAGAGGGCUGCUGUCAUUCGCAGGUUCAAAUCUGGCGAGGAUGAAAGGGUACUCGUAGCCACGAACGUCUUAGCACGGGGUAUAGAUAUCGAAUCGGUCAGCCUUGUCAUAAAUUUUGGAGUCCCCAGGAAAUUCGUAGAAAAUCCCAAUAGCGAAACCGGAGCACCCGGGACGAAUAACUUCGGGGAUAAUUCGUUUUACGCCACCAAAGCUAAGGGCAUACCUACUAGUGAUCCCGAUUAUGAAACGUAUUUGCACCGGAUAGGUCGCACAGGGAGGUUUGGUAGAAAUGGUUUGAGCUUUAUUCUCAUCGACACCGAUUCGGAAAGCAGCGAAGAAUAUCAUAUGGUCAAAGCUUUGGAAAACUUUUACAAGAGAACGAUCACAAAAUGUGAUCCGAACAAUCUUGAAGGUGACGUUGAAAAACUUUGAUUAAAAUCCAUUGACAAUCUCAAAAACAUCUUUUUUUAUAUUUUACACCAAAUAACCCAUUAUAUUUUUUUCCUAUCCACUUUUUAAUAGAUAUUCAGUUCUAUUCUCGGCCCGGGUAUGUUUGGCUCAACAUAGUCCAGUUUUACUGAAUUUUGUAUCUGGGCCUGCAAUAUUGUUAGUUAUUAACAUCUUCGCUCUUAUUAAAAGAUUAUCAUAUUUUAGAAUAUAUUUUAUUUACCCGGUGGUUAUAGUUGGGACCAAUAGCUUUGUCAUUUAUAUUUUAUAAUAAGUUUCACUUUUUAAAGAUACAAAAAUAUAUGUAUAAAUUUAAAGUUAUAAAAAAUUCUACAAAGGAAUCUUUAUUUUCCGUUUUCAAUUAUUUUGUUAUAUUAGAAAGUUAAAUAUUAUUUGUAAAUUUAUAUUCAUUACUCUAGAUUUAAUGUUUUCAUAUAUUCACCACCAUAUACCC